AGCGCCGCCGCUGCCUCCGCUAGCACCGGUGCAGGGUCGUGGUGGCAGACGGAGAGCGGCUGCAGCGGCGGGGGCGGAGGCGGCUGCGGAGGGAGGUGACGCUGAGGCUACGGCGGCAGCUGCUGAGGCAGCGAAGGCGGCUGCUAAGGCGAAGAGGGCGGCGGCAGCGGCAGCGCGUAGAGCCGCUGCGAAAGCCGCCGGAGCGACGGUGACGGCGCCCAAGCGACGAAGGCAGGCGGCAGCGGGUACGGCAGCAGGGGAUGACUCAGCGGCGGCGGCGUCAGCACCUCCGCCGGCCAAACGGGC